GGAGAAGAAGUGGAAGAAGAAGAAGAAAACCAGAAAGAAGAAGAAAUGAGACCCCCAUCAACAUCGGCUUCUGCAGGCGGAGGAGCUGCUGCUGCAGCGGCGACAAGUACAAAGACACCUUGUUGCAGCAAGAUAGGGUUAAAGAGAGGGCCAUGGACACCAGAAGAAGAUGAACUUCUUGCAAAUUACAUCAAGAAAGAAGGAGAAGGACGAUGGCGUACCUUACCCAAAAGAGCUGGACUUCUCCGAUGUGGCAAAAGCUGCCGUCUUCGGUGGAUGAACUACCUCCGUCCAUCUGUAAAACGUGGCCAGAUCGCUCCCGAUGAAGAAGAUCUCAUUCUUCGACUCCAUCGCCUUCUGGGUAACAGAUGGUCAUUGAUAGCUGGAAGAAUUCCUGGGCGAACAGAUAAUGAGAUAAAGAAUUACUGGAACACUCACCUGAGCAAGAAGCUCAUAAGCCAAGGAAUCGAUCCAAGAACUCACAAGCCGCUAAGCCUCGAAAAUCAAUCUGUUGAUCAAAAACAACAACAACAGCAGCAAAACAAAGCUUCUUUAUCAAAAGCAAAUCGCAGAUCAUCAUCAAGCCCUAUGCGCAACAAUAACAAUAAUAAUCAGGCGCCUUCUUCUUCUGGUCUUGAAGAAACAACUAGUGGUGGAAGUACUCAAAUUAUCAGCAACAAAGAAAAUAUUUACUUUGAAAACGCUUCUUUUGAUCAAUAUCAUAAUAAUGCCACCACCCAUGGAUAUACAAGCUUAUUGAAUUGUGGUGGUGGCUGUGAUGUUGAUGGUAAUAACUGUGGGAUGGAUUUGAGAAACAACAUUCAAGGAGUCAGCAAUGAAGAAGAUGAAGAUAUCAAUUAUUGCACUGAUGAUGUUUUCUCUUCAUUUCUCAAUUCACUCAUCAAUGAAGAAGCUUUCACUACCCAACAACAGCAGCAGCAGCAACAACAACAACAACAGCAACAACAACAGACCAUUAAUGGGAUUAUGAUUCCAAGUUCAGACCCUUUGGUUUCAAUUUCUGGUUCAACAUUUGGUCUUGGAACUGGCUGGGAAUCUGCUCUUAUGUCUUCCAAUUUUAACCCAAAUGGACCAAGCAAGAGGGUCAAUGAGCAGCUUCAGUAGUCUAUAUAUCUAUAUAUAGAUAUGCAAAGCACCUGCAUGCAUGCAGCUAUAAGGCAUGAAAUUAAUUUAAUUUCAGUUUGGUUAGGGCUUAAUUUUUUAGUUUUGCUUCCACUUUAAUAUCAUAUCUCCUAUUAUUUGAUUUUUAUUUGGUAUUGGAACUCUUGUUGUAAGCAUAUUAUUGCUAAACAAUGAAUGUGUGUGAAUGAAUGUAUGUUAUUGUUUGUAA